AUGCUGCGUCGCCUACCGCGACCUUGCGUCUUUUGUGAGGUGCGGUCACUGUUGGGAGAGCUGCCAACGGCACCCCUGCGUCUCUCUUCCCACAGCAACAGCAGCAGCAGCAGCCAGCAGCAAAUUCGCCUAUAUACCCAGGUCCAGCGCGAACGUCAACGAGAAGGUCGAAAUGAGGGCGUCAGAGACAAUCUGCAUGAAAGAGCAAGUCGCCAUGGUGCACCCUCUCGCUUCUCCAGACCUGGACCACCAAGGCCAUCCAGAGGUCGCGAUGCGCCCAGGCCUUCUCGCAUGGUGCUCUCCGACACGGUGGCCCAAUCUCCACGAUCCAAUGACCGAACUGCCAGAUCAAAGCAAGACGCUUUUGGCUUCUUGAAUCGCACCGAGGUGCCUCGCGGGCUGGAGAGGAUACGGGAGCAGAGAGAGGCGCGAGGGAGUCGGCCCGCAACGGGUCGGGAUGGCGACAAGAGAAGGACCAGAUCAGAGCCGUUCCAUGCACUGAAGAUGCAAAGCUCCCUCCACCAGGUACCCUACAGCAACCGAACCGCAGUAAAGCGCCAGGUCGAACAGUACGACUCGUUUGACAAGUUCCCUCUUGCUGAACCUAUACUACGAGCCGUCAAUGAUGCGCUCCCAGACCUCGAAUACCGCAAUCCCACGCCCGCACAGGCCGUUGCCAUCCCAGCUCUCCUCGGACUCUCCAAGAAUGUCCGUACAAAGGCUAGGUCGAAGAGUGCAGGGCCAGAGACGUUUUUGCUGGCAGCAGAGACGGGCUCGGGCAAGACGCUCGCCUAUCUCCUCCCGACUCUCGACGCCAUCAAAGCCGAAGAAUUACAAGAGAGGGAAGCUGCAGAGGCUCAAGCCGCCAGAGAGGCCGAAGAGGCCAAAGAAGCCGUUGCCAACCCAAUUGAAAAGCGAAAUGACAUGUUUGCUGCCCCAGAGCCCGAAGUCAACAAAGCGGUCGACCCAGCCCGUCCCCGUGCCAUUAUCCUCGUCCCCUCCGCCGAACUCGUAACUCAAGUGGGCGCUGUCGCAAAAUCUCUCUCGCAUAUUGUCAAGUUUCGCGCGGCCCCCAUUUCUGCAAAGAUGUCUGCGACCGUCAUUCGCAACCAGCUCUUCAAUCCCAACGGUGUAGAUGUAGUGAUUAGCACGCCAAUGCUACUUAUCAGUAUCGUACAAAGCAACCCCAACAUCCUCGCCCGCGUAACCCACGUGAUUUGCGACGAAGCAGACUCGCUCUUUGACCGCUCCUUCAAGCCCAGCGUAAACGAGAUUCUUGAGCGCGCCAACCCCUCACUCAAGAAGCUGAUUCUCUGCUCUGCCACCAUUCCAAAGUACCUGGACAAAUAUCUCGCCGACAAGUACCCCGACAUGCACCGCCUAGUCACUCCCAACCUUCACGCUGUGCCCCGCCGCGUACAACUCGGUGUCGUGGAUGUAAACAAGGACCCCUACCAUGGCAACAAGAUGCUCGCCUGUGCCGACACCAUCUGGCAGAUCGGAAAGUCUUCUGGCGAAUACCAUCCAGAAGAAGGCAAAGAGGCUAUCCCAACAAAACGCAUCCUCGUCUUCGUCAACGAUCGCGAAGACACCGAGCAAGUUGCAGACUAUCUCGUCAGGAAGGGCGUUGAUGCAAUGGCAUUCCAUCGAGAAAGUCGCGAGGUCCAGAAGCUAGCAUCCUUCACAAGCUCUGGAUCCACCAAGGAUGCCGACUCAGCCUGGCCCGCAAAGCCAGAAACAGCAGGCAAGCGCACUCUACCCAACACCAAGGUCAUCGUCACCACAGAUCUGGGCUCGCGAGGUAUCGAUACCGUGUCUGUGCGCCACGUUAUCUUGUACGACGUACCACAUACGACUAUCGACUUCAUCCAUCGUCUCGGGCGUACCGGACGCAUGGGCCGACGUGGGCGGGGUAUCGUCCUUCUUGGGCCGGGCGAUCGCGCUGACGUUGUUAGAGAGGUUCGCGAGGCUAUGUUUAGGGGUGAGGCUCUUAUUUAA